AUGGAAUGCAUGGAGUCAGAUCUCCUUAUAGAAAAGUGGGUUCAAGAAAACGACUCUACUUUUAUGCCUUUACCCGAUAUAGAAUUUGAACCACAUCUUCUUAUUUCUAAAGUAAGAAAACAUUACAUGGAACAUGUUAUAAAACUGUUGGCACUAAACUAUGAAAAUAACCAAAGACUACUAAAUAAAAAUAUUUACUUACCAAGCGCAAUUUGGCGAUGCGCAAAAUUUAUAGAGAUGACUGCAGCUCAAAGUUCGAUGGUAGUUAACUUAUAUAGAAGGAACAUUGCAACUGUGAUUAGCCAGAUCAAAGCAGAUACCAAAAGAGGAAAGUUAAACAGAAAGCUUUUUGAAUGUCUUAAACAGCCACCAAAAAAUGAGAUGAAGACUCAAACAAACUUAAUUAUGGGGAAAGACUGCACCUGUAUUUGUACAUGUCAUCAAAGAAAAAAAGUAAGAAAGGAGUCUCCUCCUCUUAAAAAUUAUGGUAAUAUUACAUUAAGUGAUCAUACCACAAAUGAUGCAAAAGCUGCAGAUAUACAUAUAAAUCCCAUUGCUAGUACUCAAAUCAAUAAUGCUAUGAUACGAAAGGAACAUCAAUCACUAUCUCUAGAAUCUCAUGAUGCAGAUGAAGUUAUGCUUCAGUUAGAAAAACUUUUCGAGGGUGGCUCAAAUGAUGAUGACAUAUUUGAUGGAAUGUUUUCUAAUACUAUUGACAUUACAUUUGAUGACAGUUUUAAGAAACCGCAGAGUGAUAAUUGUAAUGAUAACACCACUGUACAUGGUAAAGAUUUAAUAAUAGAAAAACACGCUGCCCAACUCAAAUCCCUGGAUGAGAGGCUGGUUUCACUUUCUGGGAUUAUAGGGCAAGAUACAGCACCUGUUGACAGUACAAAAACUGAAACUCUAACAAACAAAAAUAAAAGAAUAACUAAUAAAUGGAUAUGCGAGGAAUACUUUCUAAAGAGGAAACUUUUUGAACUCCUGGACCAGAUGAGAGAUUGUAACAGAGCAAAACUUAUAAGGUUAAAAGAACUACUAAUAGAUCUAUUUGGUGACGAUAGCGAUGAUGAAGGCGUAGUUUCUCCUAUAGACGAAAGUCCAGAAUUUGUUACCAGCUGCAAAGAGCGCAUAGCACCUUGGGUUGUGAAACUAUUGACGCCUUAUUACAUAAAAGGAAGAAUUAGAGGCAAGGCGCUGUUUAAGUCACUUGCUAAACAUCUUAUUAGACUUAUAUAUCAGUGUAGUAAAUAUCCUGAGCAAUAUGAAGUGAAGGACUUUGUACAAGAUUUUUUGCAUAAUCAUAAAUUGAUAAGAUGCGAGGCAGAUUUCAAAGAAUUUAGGAUAGAAAAUAUAUAA